GACUUCUUCUUUCGAGCUACACUUCACACUGGAAGUCUCUUAGCUUCAUUGGAGUGUUUAGCAGUUUGUCUCUGACUUCUGUCCUCUUUGAAUGAGGUAAUAUCUUCAGAGAAAGAGAUAUAAGAGGCUUUGGACCUUCUGCACACAGGGAGCUCACAUAAUGGAGCAGGAAAGGCAGCACCAAGGGAGAGAGAACUCAGGAUGGUGCUCGCAAGUGAAGCUCUGGUCUGGAUUGGUGAUUUCUAUAGUACUCCUCAGUUCUUGUUUUAUUGUGAGCUGUGUGGCGACUUACCAUUUUACAUAUGGGAAAAGUAGCAGGAGGCUGUCCGAACUACACACAUCUCAUUCAAGUCUAACCUGCUUCAGUGAAGGGACAGGGGUGACAGAAAAAAACUGGGAAUGUUGCCCAAGUACUUGGAAGUCAUUUGGUUCCAGCUGCUACCUCAUUUCUACUGAAAGGAAUUUUUGGGCUCAGAGUGAGCAGAACUGUGUUGCAAUGGGUGCUCAUUUGGUGGUGAUCAACUCGGAAGCAGAGCAGAAUUUCAUUGUCCAGCAACUGAAUGAAUCAUUAUCUUAUUUUCUGGGACUCUCAGAUCUACAAGGGAAUGGCAAUUGGCAAUGGAUUGAUCAGACACCUUACAAGGACAAUGUCAGAUUAUGGCACCAACAUGAACCCAAUUUUUCUGCAGAAGAAUGUGCUUCAAUCGUUUUCUGGAGUAGUAGAGGAUGGGGCUGGAAUGAUGUUUUUUGUGAUACUAAUAGGAAUUCGAUCUGUGAGAUGAAGAAGGUUUACCUAUAAGUGGAAACUUAUUCAUUCACACCUUUAAAAUUGAGACCUAUCAUAAAAUGGUAUUUCCUCUUGUAA